AUGGAGCCCUCAACUACAUCUCACCAUUCCGCCGACGACACCACAUCCGCUGCUGUCGCCCUGUCAUCGCCUGUUACGUCAAUCUUCUCAAAGGGCCAUAUGUCCAAAUCCUCGGCAUCAAGCUUGUCAGUUGCUUCGUCUCCAAACCCACGCGAGUCUUUCGAUUUGUACGGCCCCAAGCUCGGCAAGGUCGCGGAGGAACAAGAACGGGAAGACAUUGCGCCAGCCCAUGACAUUGCGCGCAGCCCUAGCAUAUCCAACGACUACAGUCUCUACUUCGCGUCCGAAGCUCAGGACUUACCCAUCACAUCCACUUACCAACCUGGCCACACCUUUGAAGACCGCGGCGCAUAUAGCAACGCCUCACUAGAACAGUAUCAUUCCAAACGACCAAGAUCGAGUGAGAAUGUCGGCCCCAGUCUGCAUCGACGACUUUCCCGUCGUAUCGGCUCCAUGUCUCGCCGUCUCAAGAAUCGGUCUGGUACUGGCCCCCAGUUGUCUGUCAUGACACAUGUGAGUGCCCCUCCCUCGCGCGCGGGUUCUACCACAUCGGCACAGAUCAUCAGUCCUGCUAUGAGCGCCAUCUCACAGCAUGAGAGCUAUCUCCCACCAUCGCCGGCCUACGACAACAUGGAACACUCUAGACGCAGCUCGUAUUCACACAUCGAUGAAGAAAUGGAAGACAGGACUCCAGAAGAGCUGCCGCAGGCUGCCACUCCUUUACUCCCUCCUGUUCUGUCCGAGCAUUUUGGCCCCGAUGAUACUGUGAACUCACCACUCCAAUCACCCUCCAUCGCUCCCACCCCAGCUGUGUUAAGCUCCCGAACCUCACUCGACAGUUCCCCGGUAGCACAUAUCGCCGGCUUACCAUCUCCACCGCUCUCGACCAAGCCGUCAAUGGUGUCAAUUCAUCAAAGGUCACGGGCCAAUACCACGACUGCUGCUCUGCCGGAAAUCCCUCCCUUGCAGCUUGGUCAUGAAGACCCGUGGUCGCACGCGUUGGGUCAUGCCAACUUCAACAUUCGCCCUGAGCCUUACUUGCCACAAGUCUUUGAUCUCGAGUCAUAUACUGAGUUCAGAUCGAACUGGGAUGUGGCUCGCAGCAACUACGCCAAGCACCUCGUUCGAACGAGCGAACAUUAUGGUUCAACCUCGAAGGUUUUCAAACUUACCGUGGAAAAGUGGACCUCGAUAGAACGGUGCUGGAAGGCCUACCAUGAUGCACAGGAGAAGAUUGUCGGCCCCCAGCUCCAGGAGCUCAAGCGCGCGAGCGACGAGGCUCCCCUCGACAGCCAGCCUCCCAAAUGGCCGCUUGAGAAGCCUUUAUCUCGAAUUGUGAUGCCAGAAAUCGACGACAAGUGCGGCAAAUUUCCAGAGCUUGGCGACAGCGACAUAGUCGGCCCCAUGGAGGUCGCUCCACCCAGGUCAGCAGAGAUGUCGCCGAGUCAAUACCCUUUAUCACCUCGGAAGCGAUCACUACUUCGUUUUCUCUCAGAUAUGUUUGGCAAGGCUUAA